CCCCCACCCCCUCCGCUCUCCGGCGCCCGCGGCGACCGAUGGACCGGUUCGUCGACAUGCAGCACGUGCGGCUGCGGAACCGCGUGCUCGACAAGUACUACCUCUGCGCGGAUGACGACGGGGAGGGCGUCUCCAUCAGCCAGCACCGCAACUCGCUCAACGCGGCGUGGAGGGUGCACAUCUACCACGGCGCCGACGGCCCGCAUCUGCUCCUCCACAGCGCCGCCUACGGCCGCUACCUCUCCGCCACGGGCACGCCCGCACCGCCCUUCCACCACGGCUUCCGCGCCAAGCAGCGCGACUACGACCAGCCGGUGGUGCCGUCCAUCAUGUGGCUGGCCGUCAGGGCUGGGCUGGGCGGCGGCAUCCUGCUCGAGAACGGCGGCGUCCGCUACCUCCGCGCCAACGGCAAGUACCUCCGCUGGAACACCGGCGUCACCGUCGAGAACAGAGACAUCGAGAAGGUCAGCGCCAUGAUGCGCUGGACCGUCGAGCCCAUCCUCCUCAGAGAGCGCCCGCCUCGCAUUCCAGGCCCGAUUCGGACUCGCCUCCCCGAUGACCUCUCCGUGACCGUGUUCCGUCGCCAGCCGGGGGCGUGGCAGGUGAUUCGGUUCGUGCAAGCGAACCCCGAUGGAUGGUUCCCCGAGGCCCACCAAGACUGGUCCGCCUUUCAUUUCAGGGGGAGGUCCUUGUACCACCUGAGGGACGAGCUGGCCAGGCAGGUCAAACAGCAGCCCGACGGCAUCGCCAUGUGCGUCCGAGCAGGCCGCUACGGGAGGCCCACCCCACUUGUUGUCAACCUGCCCCGCGGUGGCUGGGGCGACACCCUCCAGAUCAUCGUCGUCGUCUCCGGGACCCCUGCCUAUGAAGGGCUACGAUACCCGAAUGUCGGCUGAGCGUAGAGAAGGAUCAGAGCCGGAGUCUUGACAAUUCACCUCUUCAGAAGUUUCGCCGCCUCGGACACAACAACGGCAUAACUGAACGCCUGCUUUAGCAUAUAGAUAGUUAUAGGUUGAGAAAACUCAUCAGCUCUUGUGUUUCUUCUGCUAGCUAAACUCUGUGAUGCUGGUUCUAGUAGUAGUUGCAGUGUCACUCUUGUGACAUUUAUCUCUGUGAUGUGGUUGCUACUGCUUGCUGGAUGAAGCAUUUCACUGUGGGGUUCUUGCAGUGAAUCGGUGAUCCUGCAUUCCUUUUGGAUGAUGGCUUUGCAUAAAUGGAAAAUGCAGUGGUUGUUGCCAGUAA